CAUCGAUCAUGUCGUCUUACCAUAUCCCGGAUCCGCCACCAGCAGUGCCUCCGGGCUUCAACCCAGACAAUUACGUUACAAAACUGAAUCCUGUCACGAAUCGAUUCGACAUAUACCCUCACGUACACGGCAAAUACUCGCAGCAGGAACUGAGGGCAGUAGACCCCAUCGCUGGGAAUAGGGAUCUCAAAGUCGGCCCACCUAGUCGAGCUCCAGAUUGGCAUCCCAUCGUAGAGCAAUGGGGACUUCAAGUAUUGGGAAAGGCUGGUUUCAUCAACAGCACUGCUUACCGUACACCGGGACAGGGACAGACUAGGCAGACGCCUGAAGGCCGCCUUACUUCUGCCCUGGGUCAUGGUCCAAUACACCCUCUGCUGAGAGAAGACAUGUGGCAUGGACUUCGAGCUGGCGAAUACGCCCUCAUGGAACCUGCGAUACGUCUGGCCUCCGCUAUCUUGGAUGAUCCAGAGACUCUGCGCUUCUUUGCCGGAAUCACGGUUCCUAGCGACCAGAUGCCCUAUGUGCACGUUCCACACAUCGGGAAAUGUCCCAUAUACGGGCCUAACCAACCACUCGACGCAGCUGCACUGACAGACAUAUACAAAAAAGUCAUGGAUAUGCGUGCAUACAUGGCUUGGGAAAUGAAGGAUAUGAAUAUUAUGAUAUAUAAACACCGUGCUUUUGGCCUCACCAAGCCCUGGGUGAGCAAUGGCAAAGUUGCUCACGGUGCGAGAGGAGUCGGUGUCAUUUACAUGAGCCGAGGAUACACUGACAUCAUGCGAAUGUACGCCAACAGCGACCCGACACUUACUGAACUCGGAAGGUUCAUCAAUGACACACAGUGGCUUGCUUCGAUACCUAUAGAAGACAACAUUUGUAUUAGUGAAGAACCGGCAAUCGCGCGCAGUACAAUUCUGUUCGUAGACACUCUGAUUCAUGAACUCACGCAUGCAAUCUGCGGUGCCUAUUUCGACGUGACCUUAAUGGCAAUACCAGGAAUGCCACCACACAGCCACGUUUACGAGCCCUUCUUCGCCGGUGACCGCUGCAAUGAGACUGGGCACGCCAUCUCGUCCUACAUCUUCCGCGGUAAUCCCAUAGGCACAUGCCACUGGAACAUACANCCCCAGAACCACUCGUCUCUCUGGCUACAAGACCACGUUGGCCCGCUAGGACUCCACUGGGCCGACAAGUGGGACACAUGGAAAAUCGACCCAGGUGCUGUCCCCACUGGCAAAACAAGAGCUGUGAAUAAUGUGGACUUGAACGUUCGGCAACGUUAUACUCCUGUGCCUCAAGCACACAUCAACAAGAUGUUGUCUACGCAAUUAUGGCAGGACGAGAUCAAUCGUUUUGGUCUUGAUGCUCUUCGAAUGCCUCGGUUGGAUAAUUGGAUGGUGGAAUGGACGCCUGUGGGAAAGGAGAAGGGCUUUUGGGGUACAGGACGUGAUAGGUGGAACGAUGGACCGGCUCCUGUUCCUCCUUCUCCCAGUACAGAUAGUGAUGCGGGAGGAGUCUCGUUG